GCAAACUUACUCGAACUGGGCUUUUUCGCGCCGCCAUCAUUUCAAAAUCUGCAUUGGUCCGGUAAUCGAGUAGUCGGCCCUGCAAGCGAAUGCUUUAGAUCCGCAGACUGCACGAAGAUAAACGGCCUUCAUCGUUUGCCAGUUUUUGCACGACAAGCCGCCGCGGAUCCCGAGCGGGGUGUAAAGGGGAGUUCGAUGCAGGGAGGGAGGGAGUAAAAAAGGCAAAAGUCUUUGUGCUUCCCUUCCCCCUCAUCAAAGCCAAAGGGGAGAUGUCUCUCUCGAAAAGAGGGCAGAAGAAGAAGAGCCCCGGGCUAAAGCUGUCCAAAGAGGUGUUCGAGCAGGCCCCGCCAGCAGCAGCGCCCCCUCGGGAUCUUGACUCUAAAGCCUGCGUCACAAUUGGAGACAAGAACUUUGUGGUGAAGGCAGAUGACUUGGAGCAGAUCGCAGAGUUGGGGAGGGGAGCCUAUGGAGUGGUUGACAAGAUGAGACAUGUGCCCAGUGAUGUAAUCAUGGCUGUCAAGAGGAUCCGGGCCACAGUCAACACGCUGGAGCAGAAGAGGCUACUAAUGGACCUGGACAUUUCUAUGAGGACAGUGGACUGCUUUUACACAGUCACCUUCUAUGGUGCCCUCUUUAGAGAGGGAGAUGUUUGGAUAUGUAUGGAGCUGAUGGACACCUCUCUAGAUAAGUUUUACAAGAAGGUUAUCGAGAAAGGCACGACGAUCCCUGAGGACAUCUUGGGCAAGAUCACUGUCGCAAUUGUCAAGGCGUUGGAACACCUGCACAGUAACCUUUCCGUGAUACACAGAGAUGUGAAACCCUCCAACGUACUCAUCAACACUCAGGGCCAGGUCAAGAUGUGUGACUUCGGCAUCAGUGGCCACCUAGUGGACUCGGUAGCCAAGACCAUGGAUGCAGGCUGCAAGCCCUACAUGGCGAUUGAGCUGGCUAUUCUGAAGUUCCCCUACGACUCUUGGGGCACCCCAUUCCAGCAGCUCAAACAGGUGGUGGAUGAGCCCUCCCCGCAGUUGCCCGCUGACCGCUUUUCACCAGAGUUUGUAGACUUCAGCUCCCAGUGUUUAAGAAAGAAGCCAAGUGAGAGACCAGCCUACACAGAAUUAAUGCAACAUCCUUUUUUUACCCUGCAUGACUCCAAAGAGACAGACGUGGCCAGUUUUGUCAAGGUCAUCCUGGAUGACUGACGGGCUCCCUCCAAACCCCGCCCCGUCAGGGUAGGCGGGUCCUCUCCAUUUAAUGCACCAAUGGCCUACCUUUUUAAGCUCACUGGAACGACAUACUCAGACUGUCAUGCACCCA